AUGCCUGAAUUACCCGAAGUCGAAACUGUCCGGCAAAUUUUAAUAAAAACUGGAAUAAUUGACCAGACUAUCCAAAAAGUUGAGGUUGGCAAUAGUAAAUUAAUUAAGGAAACCACCGAAAAAGAGUUUAUUGAUUUAUUAUUAGGACAAACUAUUCAUAAAUUAGAGCGAAAAGGAAUGACUGGGAAGUAUUUUGUGGAGGAAAAUUUACUUACUCCGGAACAAAAAGGGUCAAUUAGUUUAAUUUUCCACUUAGGCAAUGGGAAAAAAAUAAUUUAUUGUGAUGCUCGCCGCUUUGGAAACUUUCGCUUACAAAAUUUGUCAGACUAUCAACAAUUAAAACCUUAUAAGAAUAUUGGAAUUGAUUUGCUUAAUGAGCCAGUAAAUAUCAAUUAUCUAUUUACUUGUUAUCAAAAGCGUAAAGUCCCAAUUAAAAUUGCUUUGUUAGAACAAGAUAUUAUUAGUGGCAUUGGCAAUAUUUAUGCUUCGGAAAUACUUUUUGUUACCCAUAUCCACCCUUUAAGAAAAACUCACGAACUUACUUAUUUAGAAGUGGAAAAAAUAAUCUCGGCGGCUCAAUUAAUUUUAAAAGAAGCCUUGAAAUUAGGAGGGACUUCGGCUUUUGAUUUCAUUAACCCUCUAGCCCAAAAAGGUGAUUAUCAAACUAAAUUAAAAGUUUACGCCCGAGCCAAAAAACCUUGCUAUGUUUGUAAUACCUUAAUUGAAAAUAAAGAAAUUAACAGUCGGACUAAUGUGGAAAAUGCUACUCAUGGUAAAGGAAUAUCUAAGAAGCAUUAUAAAGAAUUAAAGUUUACCGAAGAAAAAAAAAUCUUGAUCGAUGUCAUGACUUCGGGUAAUCAUAUUUUUGCUAUUGAAGAGACCAAAAAACACAUUAAUGAAGUCCCUGACUUGUUAAGACCACUUAAUUUUAAUCCCUACCAUCCGGGGCCGGGAACCAUUUUGACCAAGGUUAAAGACUUCCAUGCUGAAACUACCGCAGAAAAAAUUGCCUUAGCUUUGUAUUUUGAUGGUAAAAUAAGUGCUUUGUGGGGAACUCACACUCACGUUCAGACGGCCGAUGAAAGAAUAUUACUAAAAGGAACUGCUUUUAUUACUGACUUAGGAAUGACGGGUCCCUCAGAAGGGGUUAUUGGUGCCAAACCGGAAGCAAUUUUUCGGCGAGCCAAAUAUGGCUUUCCAGCCAAAAUAGAACCCCAUGAAGAUGAGAAAGGCGAAGGGCAAUUUAAUGGAGUUAUUUUUGAAUUCGAUGAUAACAGCAAUAAGGUAAUAAGUAUUAAAAGAGUUAAUGAGAAAACUUCUUUUCGAAAAGGAUAUCAAGGAAAAAUAUUAAGGGUGGAGGGAGUUGAAAAUGCCAAAAAAUGUUUGCAAGCUUUACAAAACUGCACCAUUACUGCUUUUGGUGGUCGAUUUCGCGGAGUCAGUUAUGAUAAAAAUGCGAAGUCAAUAAUUAAACAGGCCAAAAGGUCGUUAAAAGCAGCAAUUAAGAGGCAGGUGAAAGGAGAAAAUAUUAAUAUUCGAGAAAGUGCUAUCACUCCUCCUUCUUAUUAUAAUUGA